GUGAGGCUUAUAUUCAGGCCAAUACGGUAUGUGUGAGCUUUCCACAUACUGCUUUUCUCCUCCAGACCCACCUCCGAAAUGCAAAGAGCCAUUAAUAUUAGGAGACUGCAAAGGAAGUAGGCGGCGCUAUUAUUACGAUGCCGAGAGAAAGAGAUGUUUCGUGUUCAUAUAUAGUGGAUGUGGAAGCAACGGGAACAAUUUUGAUUCUUUCAGGGAAUGCUACGAGGAGUGUGAAAAGUAUGAAACACCCGAACAUCUGAUAAAUCCUGAUAUGCUUGAAGCCUUUCUGCUUGAUUAUUGUGACCAACCCCUAGACGUGGGAUCCUGCGACAGGGACUUGCCUCGCUUUUACUACGAUUACAGUAGCAGGACCUGUAAGCCGUUUAACUACGGUGGCUGUGCAGGGAACAGGAAUAACUUUGAGACAGAAAAUGAAUGCCUUUGGGCAUGUGCAGCCGAUGCAUCUGAUUUCUGACCUUGCUAGAGGGAGAGUCAGCAAGCGAGCAACAGUGAGUCCUUUUCUAUAAUCUCAUUUUGCUCCCC